AGUAUGUGUCCAAUUUAAUUCAAAAGAAUAAACGUAGAAAAACAAUUGAAAUAGUCGAUUUUGAAAUUGUAAACGCCAUUCUAGGCUUCGACUUUCUGCACAUUUUUGUUUCUCACAAAAGAAUUUUGUGAUUCUUCAUUACUCCUCUCCAUUUGAUUUCAGGGUUUUAGGGUUCCUUCAUUCACAUCUCACCGGAAAGGUUAUCUGGAAUUCAUAAAUCAAUUGGUGGUUGUGUUUUAGUACUCUAACCAUGGCUGGUAGGCUUAUUGCUAACUUGAUUGUUAUGGGCUCUGGAAUAAUGAUAAGAGCGUUUGCUCAAGCAUAUCGCCAAGCACUUGCAAAUGCCUCAAAGACUGGCGUUGCUCAAGAAGCAGUGGAAACCAUCAAAAGAGGGAGUAAAAUGAUGACGGAUGCCGAGGCAAGGCAAAUCCUUGGUGUAACUGAGAAUACAUCUUGGGAAGAGAUUGUGAAGAGGUAUGACAAGUUGUUCGAAAGGAAUACUCAAAGUGGCAGUUUCUAUCUCCAGUCAAAGGUGGUUAGAGCGAAAGAAUGUCUGGAAACUGUUGAGAAAGUGAAACAAGACCCAAGUUAAAACAUUGUUGCCUGCAUCAUCCUGGGAAAACUGAUCCUGCAUCAUGUGGUAAAAACUGAUCCUGCAUCAUCAGCUCGUAUUCUACAGAGAAUCUGGAUAGAAACAAAGCCAGAGAAGACGAAUUCAUGUGUCUUGACCAAUAAUUUCAAGAAAUGAUAUUUUUUGCAUCAUCACACAACAAAUUAAUGCACCUUUAUUAAGGUAACUGUUAAAUUCUUUAAAAUUCUAUCUCACAUAGACUUUAUGAAGAUCCCAUCUAAUCUAUAUAAGU